GAAAGUAGCAUGCAAAGCAAAAGACAGUCUCAACUCCAACAAAACCGUAUCUUCCCUCUUGAUCGGUAUGGAGUGGGUCAAUAUAUAUGGACGAACUGAUGGAAUGUGAUUUUGGUCGAUGGAGAUUUUGGUUUCACUUUGAUCUAUGGCCGAUCAUCAACCAACAUUCUCUACUCCAGUUCCAGUAAACUAAAUCAUACCUUAAGCAGCAGUGGAGCAGGACGUGAUCUGAAGAGCUGAGUGGUUGGGAUGAAGAGAUCUGGGCAUGUUGUAGUGG